AUGCCAGUUUGGGAAGGUAUAGUACCAUCAAUUAAAAAUUCUGCAUAUACUUUUAAUAAAUAUCAAGACAAUCCAAUAGAGUAUGCAGAUGCCUCAUAUAUAUUCCAGUUAUUUGCAUCAGCAUAUAAAGCCAUUACAAACAUUCUUAAAGAAGAGCUUCACAAAAAGGAUCAAAUAAAAUCAGCAUUGGUUGCAUAUGCUACAUACAUAAAAUAUACAUAUAAAGGAAGUGGUGAUACAAAGAAGCUCAAGCCAUAUUUGGAUAUCAUUAAACUAGAUAGAAUCCCAAUGUCCACUUCUAUUUGUUCAUGUAUAUUCAAUAAAAUUGAGAAGAUGAACCCAGAUAUCUCUAUAAAUGUUUGGAAAUGGAAAGAAGAAACAGCUACCCCCAAGUCUGUAAUAGCUAGUAAGAACUAUAAUAGACAGCAUAUUAUUUAUCUUAUGGCUCUUACUGAUAUUACUAAAUUUGAAGAAGAAAAUUUUCAGACAGAAAAAUCUUUAGCAUAUCACCAAGAGCAUUGUUUUGGAUUAGAAGAAGCUAUUCAAAAAGUUAAAUUACCUACCAAGAACAUUAAUGACUUUGAGAAGUUUAAAAACUAUAGACCAAUAAUCAAUACCUCAUGUAUUAUUAUAACAAAAAAUAUCAAUACUGGAGAUAUAUGGGAGCCUUUCUUAUAUAGAAGAGAAAAUGCAAUCCAAGAAUUUGUUUAA